CGCGCGGCGACUGGCGGACGAGCCCGAGCCGCGGAGCCGCGCGUCUCCCGCAGCCUGCGCUCCCGCUCCGGCGCCCGCAUCUCCUGCUGCGGGGCCAGCACCGGCGAUGAGGAGCGGAGCCGCCUGUCUUCCGAGCCGCUGAAGCAUUCGCCGCCGAUCGCCCGGAGGUGCGGGAGCCCGUGCGACCCGGGCGCGGGGACUCGGGGCAGGGGAGGGACCAAAGGGCUCCCCUACGGCCCCAGCCGCCGCGCCGCGGACUCCAGAAGGUGAUCAUUCCGCUCUCCCGCCCCUUUCCCUCCCCCCGACUUAACUUUUUGUCUCAGCUCGUCGGCCGCCAGGUCUCCUUUCCGCAUACCCACCCGCGGCCGUGCCAUCCGCCCGGGGCAUGGGCCCCCCGACCAGGCUCCAGGAGGCGCCGCGGCCUCACAAGACGUGAGAGGCCCGCUUGGGUAGAUUCCGAGGUUCCGGAGAGCAGCGGAGAGCUCCCAGCCAGCGCCCGCGCGCCUGGCCGGGUGGCGGUGAGCGCUGCGCCCCGCGCGCGGUGCAGAACGUCCCGGAGCGCCGGAGCCGCGACUGAAGCGAGUAGCUGGCCCGAGGCGCGCGGCGGAGCAGGCUGUCAUGCCCUAUUGAUCCCCCCGCCCCCCGCCAAGUAUGUUUGGGCUGGACCAGUUCGAGCCCCAGAUCAACAGCCGGCACGCUGGCCAGGGCGAGGGGAACUUUAACGAAGCCGGACUGAACAUGAACGCCCACUUUAAGGCUCCUGCUUUCCACGCCGGCCCCCCUCCUGGCCCUGUGGACCCUGCCAUAAGCGCUCUGGGUGAACCCCCGAUCUUGGGUUUGAACAUGGAGCCCUACGGCUUCCACGCGCGCGGCCACUCCGAGCUGCACGCAGGGGGGCUGCAGGCGCAGCCUGUGCAUGGCUUCUUCGGUGGCCAGCAGCCUCACCAUAGCCACCCCGGAGGCCACCACCCGCACCAGCAUCACCCCCACUUCGGGGGCAACUUCGGUGGUCCGGACCCAGGUGCCUCGUGUCUGCACGGGGGCCGGCUGCUUGGCUACGGAGGUGCAGCGGGCGGCCUGGGCAGCCAGCCGCCCUUCGCAGAGAGUUAUGAGCACAUGGCGGAAAGCCAGGGGCCGGAGGGCUUCGGCCCGCAGCGGCCAGGAAACCUCCCGGACUUCCACAGUUCGGGCACCUCGGGCCACGCCGUGCCUGCCCCGUGCCUGCCGCUGGACCAAAGCCCUAACCGGGCCGCCUCUUUCCACGGCCUGCCCGCCUCCAGCGGCUCGGAUUCUCACAGUCUGGAGCCCCGGAGGGUGACGAACCAAGGAGCUGUAGAUUCGCUGGAAUACAAUUACCCGGGCGAGCCGCCCUCAGGACAUUUUGACAUGUUUUCGCCCUCUGACUCCGAAGGGCAGCUGCCACAUUAUGCGGCGGGUCGCCAGGUUCCCGGGGGCGCCUUCCCGGGUGCUUCAGCCUUGCCCAGGGCCGCUGGCAUGGUGGGUUUGUCCAAAAUGCACGGCCAGCCACCGCAGCCUCCACCACAACAGCAGCAACCUCAGCACGGAGUAUUCUUCGAGAGGUUUGGCGGGGCCCGGAAGAUCCCUGUGGGUCUGGAGCCUACGGUGGGCUCCCGGCACCCGUUAAUGCAGCCUCCCCAGCAGGCCCCACCACCCCCGCAGCAGCAGCAGCCCCCGCAGCAGCAGCAGCAGCAGCCGCCACCACCGGGGCUUCUGGUCCGACAGAAUUCCUGCCCUCCUGCUCUCCCGCGGCCCCAGCAGGGCGAAGCUGGCACACCCAGCGGCGGCCUGCAGGACGGGGGCCCCAUGCUGCCCAGCCAGCACGCGCAGUUCGAGUACCCCAUCCACCGGCUAGAGAACCGGAGCAUGCACCCGUAUUCUGAGCCCGUUUUCAGCAUGCAGCAUCCCCCUCCUCAGCAGGCGCCCAACCAGAGGCUGCAGCAUUUCGACGCGCCCCCCUACAUGAACGUGGCCAAGAGGCCGCGCUUUGACUUCCCGGGCAGCGCAGGCGUGGACCGUUGUGCCUCGUGGAAUGGCAGCAUGCACAACGGCGCCCUGGACAACCAACUCUCUCCCUCUGCCUACCCAGGCCUUCCCGGCGAGUUCACACCGCCUGUGCCGGACAGCUUCCCCUCGGGACCGCCCUUGCAGCACCCAGGUCCCGACCACCAGUCUCUGCAGCAGCAGCAGCAGCAGCAGCAGCAGCAGCAGCAGCAACAACAGCAGCAGCAGCAACAGCAGCAGCAACAGCAGCAACAGCAACGCCAGAAUGCGGCCCUCAUAAUUAAACAGAUGGCGUCUCGGAACCAGCAGCAGCGGUUGCGACAGCCCAACCUAGCCCAGCUAGGCCAUCCUGGGGACGUGGGCCAGGGCGGCCUGGUCCACGGAGGUUCGGUGAGCGGCUUGGCUCAGACAAACUUUGAACGCGAAGGCAGCAGCGCGGGUGCGGGGCGCCUGGGGGGCUUCGAGCAGCAGGCGCCCCACCUAGCGCAGGAGAGCGCGUGGUUCCCGGGUCCACACCCGCCGGGAGACCUGCUGCCCCGGAGGAUGGGCGGCGCGGGGUUGCCGGCAGACUGCGGCCCGCACGACCCUGGCCUGGCACCUCCCCCUGCUCCGGGUGGCUCAGGGGUGCUCUUUCGAGGCUCUCUGCAGGAGCCUCUGAGGAUGCCGGGGGAAGGCCACGUGCCAGCGCUGGCUUCACCCGGGUUGCAGUUUGGGGGCAGCUUGGCUAGCCUAGGCCAGCUGCAGUCGCCUGGGGCCGGUGUGGGACUGCCCAACGCUCCUUCGGAGCGGCGGCCCCAGCCUCCGGACUUCCCUGCGCCAGCUCUCGGGGGCCAGCCCGGCUUUCCAUUUGGCUCAGGGAGCCGGCAGGCCACGCCGCACAGCGCUCCGGGCGUGAACUCGCCCCCGAGCGCGGGCGCGGGCAGCGGCAGCUCCGGCGCUGGCGGGGCAGCUUACCCGCCGCAGCCGGAUUUCCAGCCCAGCCAGCGCAACUCGGCCAGUAAACUGGGCGCGCUGUCGUUGGGGUCCUUCAACAAGCCCAGCUCCAAGGACAACCUGUUCGGCCAGAGCUGCCUGGCUGCGCUCUCCACCGCUUGCCAGAAUAUGAUCGCCAGCCUGGGUGCUCCCAACCUCAACGUGACUUUCAACAAGAAGAACCCACCCGAGGGGAAGAGGAAACUGAGCCAGAACGAGCCCGACAGCGUGGCCGCAGCCGGCAACCCGGGCUCGGAUUACUUCCCUGGUGGGACUUCUGGGGCCCCUGGACCCGGAGGCCCUUCCGGGGCCAGUGGUGGCGGCUCUAAAUCCUCAGGACCGCCCAACCCACCCAUCCAGGGGGAUGGCACCAGUCUCUCCCCCAAUUAUACCUUGGAGUCAACAUCGGGGAACGAUGGCAAGCCUGUCCCAGGGGGCGGUGGCCGGGGAAGGGGACGCAGAAAAAGGGACAGCGGUCACGUGAGCCCCGGGACCUUCUUCGACAAGUACUCCGCAGUUCCUGACAGUGGGGGAGCACCAGGGGUGAGUCCCGGGCAGCAGCAGGUUCCCAGCUCGGCGGCGGCGGCGGCGGCUGCUGCUGCUGCUGCUGCUGCGGGAAGCUCAGUGAACGAGGCCCGCGGGCCCACGCCCCACGAGAAGGCCCUCACGUCGCCGUCGUGGGGAAAGGGAGCCGAGCUGCUCCUUGGGGACCAGCCGGACCUCAUGGCGUCCCUGGACAGCACAGCCAAAUCGGACGGCAGUUCCCCGCACGUGGGCGAGUUCGCCUCCGAUGAGGUGAGCACAAGUUAUGCCAUCAACGAGGACGAAGUGUCCUCCAGUUCCGACAACACCGCCGCCCUGGCCAAAGCCAGCCGCAGCCCCCUGGUCACCAGCUCACCCAAACUCCCUCCUCGAGGGGUGGGUGCUGGGGAACACGCACCGAAGGCUCCCGCCCUCGGCCUGGGUAUCCUGUCUACCUCUACCUCGACCCCUGACAGCUACGGUGGUGGCGUGGGCACCGGCCACCCUGGCACUCCAGGCCUGGAGCAGGUCCGGACCCCGACGAGCAGCAGCAGCAACAGCAGCAACAGCAGCAGCAGCAGCGGUGCGCCGCCCCCCGACGAGAUCCAUCCCCUGGAGAUCCUCCAGGCCCAGAUCCAGCUGCAGAGACAGCAGUUCAGCAUCUCGGAGGACCAGCCCCCCCUGGGGCUCAAGGGUGGCAAAAAGGCUGAGUGUGCCGUCGUCGGGGCCUCAGGAGCACAGAAUGGGGACAGCCAACUGGGCAGCUGCUGCUCCGAGGCCGUCAAGAGCGCCAUGAGCACCAUCGACCUGGACUCUCUGAUGGCAGAGCACAGCACCACCUGGUACAUGCCUCCCGACAAGGCCCUGGUGGACGGUGGCGAUGAGGACAAGACGACGCUGGCGCCCUGGGAGAAGGCCAAGCCCCAGAACCCCAACAACAAAGAAGCCCAUGACCUCCCUACCAACAAGGCCUCAGCCACCCAGCCCGGCAGUCACCUGCAAUGCCUGAGCGUCCACUGCACAGACGGUGACCCCAAGGCCCGCGCCUCCGUACCCACCUGGCGGUCUCUGCACUCCGACAUCUCCAACCGGUUCGGGACGUUCGUGGCCGCCCUGACUUGAGCCUGUGGGAGCCCCUCCCUGCCCUGCCCACCCGUGAAGGGCCUCCGUGGCUGAGCAGACUCGUGUUUUUUUUGUUUUUUGUUUUGUUUUGUUUUGUUUUUUUGUCUAGGUUGGUACCUGCUUAGUGGCGCUCGGAAUGGAAAGGGUUCGUUUGGAAAGGGGCUGGGGAAGGUUGAUAAAAAAAAAAAAAGAAAAACCUCAGAAAAUAAUUAAAGAGACCGCGUGCCACGUCGUGCCGACACCAGUGUCCGUUCUCAGCCAACAGCGAGCGCUGUCUCAAAGCCGUUUUCCUGCUAGAGAGCUCCCUGCUUUCUGUACUCGGAGUGUGUUCUAGAAGGCCCUUGCCGUGUUUAAGCCAAGGCGGGGUGCACCUGGUACCCCUUUUCUUUUUUUAUUCUCUUUGAUUCUCCCCUCCUCCUCCCCCUUCUCCUUCCCCGUUGCUUCUGUUCGUCACUGACUAAGAUGGAGAUCUUGGAGAACAGUGUUCUGGAAUCGUCCGGGGUGGAAGCCGCAGGGUCUCUGUAGCGUCCGCUACUCUUGUCCGCUACUCUUGUCGUCACCAGUUAGGAGACAAAGACCACGAGCAGCUUGAGGAACGGCCAGGGACUGGGUUGUCUCCGUUCCCAGAGAACUUGGAGAGGUAUUUCCCUCACUGGCCCUUAGCCUUCGGCUAGCUUCCACUUUUCCCACUGGGAACUGCUCCUCUGGUCCCUCCUGGGUUGUGUGCUGGAUGCUGGGGUGCUGGGACCAGCCACUUGGAGGAAGGAGCCUCCCGGGGCCAUGAACUCCCUUCCCCUUCACUGACCUGACCACUGCACACUCUGACUUCUCUGUGCUGAGCAGGGUGGUCUUGUGACCCUUCAAGGGGACGGGAGAGGAGCGGUCAGUUGUCCCAGUGACCUCCUGGCCCUGCUCUCCCAGAUCUCACACUUCCUUCUAGCCCACUCUAAGUGACUCCAUCCCUGGGAGGAGGGAUUAAGGCAGCCAGACUCAGGCUGAGACACCCUCUCUGAUCCUGCAGUUCCCUUACGGGGGUAGGAGGGAAAAAGGAUAAAAUGAGCGGCUUCAUGAUGUCCGUUCCGGGCCUCACGUUCCGUUCCCUUCACGGGAUAUCUCCUGCCCUUUUGAUUUCAUUUCAUUCAGAUUUAAAAAGCAGAGCCCUGCCCCAUGUGUCCCCUGGGAGAGGCGCUCCCCCUCCCCACAGCCCCCCUUAAGCAGAGAGGAGCAGAGAUUGCGGUGCUGAUGUGGAUGACGUCUUAGGGUGUGGUCUAAACCCUACCGGCCUGUGUGACCCACUGCUGUGGGGCCGUCCGUCCCUGGGAGGGUCAGCCAGAGCUAGCCCUCUAGUCUCAGCUCAGUUUUUUGUUGUUAGUGUGUCUUCCCAAUUGCUCCUUUCUGAACCCCCACCCCGACUUGACAGAACCCCCUUCCUUUUCUUAGCAAGAGGCCUGAAGGCUCGGGGCUCUCCAGAUGCCCAUAUUGUUUGUGUUGAGGGACUUUCAAUUAUGGGAGCCGCUUGCCAAAAGCUGGCUCUCUCCCUCCUCUCCUCCUCCUCCUCCUCUUGGCUGAGGUCUGAACCCCCAGGGUCUACACUUGUUGUCUGGGCAGUGUGAUGGGGCGCAGAGGGCAGACAGAAACAGGUGACAUGGACUGGUGAGCAAGACACGCCCUCUGUUCUAUGCCCAGAGCGGUGAGGGGAUGGCCGUAGGAGCAUCCUCCAGGCUUUGGUCCAGACUCUACAUUCACCCUCAGAGUUUGCGAUGCCUAGCUGUCCGAGAGAGCCAGCCUUUCCCUCCCCAAACAAGAAUGACUUCUCCUUCACUGCUUAAGGCCGGGGAACGAGUGUCCCAGCGUCCAUCAACAAACAUCCCAGCAUCAAGUCCACAUGCAGCCACCGGCAUAUGGCUCAGGCCACCUCCAAAACCCCGGAAGUGUCCAGUGUUCUCACGUUCUCACUCCCCACGACCCCAGGGUGAAACAGCGUUUAAAAUAGCCUUAAGCAAAAGGAUGCCAUGUCAUUAAACUUGGUUUUAGUGGAAAGAGUUUAAAGGCGGACGAAAACCACGUCCGAAGUGCGCGAGAGCCCGGGGACACUGUAAUCAGUAUGCAGCUAGCUCCAGUAGAGAGAAGGAAAUCGCUAUUGCACAUGUAAAAUAUGAACCCUUAACCCUGCGGUGCGUGAGCCUGUAAGCUUUUUUGACUCUUAAGGAAAAACCGUUUCUGAAAUGCUUGGGAAGACAGUGACAGAAGCUCAUGAAACUGAGUGGUAUUUUUCUUUCUUUUUUUAAAAAAAAAAAUAUGUAAAGUUGAGUCUUCCGUAUUCACGCAUUACUGUAUAUACGUGUAUAUGUUUUGCUGAGCGGCUUAAAUAACAAUAAAUACAACGUUAAUGGUG